AUGUCCAAGGUCGAGGAUUCCGUUCGAGCACAUAUUGCCAAGUUAAAUCCAAUUCACCUGAAGAUAACUGACUUCUCAGAUUCAUGUGGUCUCAAACUAAACGUUGAGAUUGUAUCUGAGGAAUUUGAGGGCAAAAAACCUAUCCAACAGCACAGAAUGGUGCAUAAUCUUUUGAACGAGGAAAUGAAGAAUAUCCACGCGCUUACUCUCACAACACUUACUCCUAAACAGUGGCAUGAAAAACAGGGUUCGCCUACCUAA